GUUCCAUCUGGGUUGUUCAUACCUAGUAUGGCAAUUGGAGCAAUAGCCGGAAGGAUUGUAGGAAUUGCAGUGGAGCAGCUGGCUUACUACCAUCACGACUGGUUCAUUUUCAAGGAGUGGUGUGAAGUUGGAGCUGACUGUAUUACACCUGGUCUUUAUGCCAUGGUUGGUGCUGCUGCAUGCUUAGGUGGUGUGACAAGGAUGACUGUGUCCCUGGUAGUGAUUGUCUUUGAGUUAACAGGAGGGCUGGAAUACAUUGUGCCCCUAAUGGCUGCAGUCAUGACCAGUAAGUGGGUAGGAGAUGCCUUCGGUAGGGAAGGCAUCUACGAGGCACACAUCCGACUGAAUGGAUAUCCUUUCUUGGAUGCAAAGGAAGAAUUUACUCACACAACACUGGCUGCUGAUGUUAUGAGACCUCGAAGGAGCGAUCCACCGUUAGCAGUUUUGACCCAGGAUAACAUGACAGUUGAAGACAUAGAAAACUUGAUCAACGAAACCAGCUAUAAUGGUUUUCCUGUUAUUAUGUCAAAAGAAUCGCAGAGACUAGUGGGUUUUGCUCUAAGAAGAGAUUUGACUAUUGCGAUAGAAAGCGCUAGAAAGAAGCAGGAAGGGAUUGUUGGCAGCUCCAGGGUCUGUUUUGCCCAGCACACCCCAUCACUUCCAGCAGAAAGCCCUCGACCUUUGAAGCUGAGAAGCAUACUUGAUAUGAGCCCUUUCACCGUGACUGACCACACCCCCAUGGAAAUAGUGGUGGAUAUUUUCCGGAAGCUGGGUCUGAGGCAGUGCCUUGUAACACACAACGGGAUUGUCUUGGGGAUCAUCACCAAGAAGAACAUAUUAGAGCAUCUCGAGCAAGUAAAGCAGCACGUCGAACCCUUGGCGCCUCCUUGGCAUUGUCACAAAAAAAGAUAUCCUCCGUCAUAUGGCCCAGACGGCAAACCACGACCCCGCCUCGAUCAUGUUCAACUGAAGGCCGUAGCUGAGGAGAGGGAGGCAACGGAAGAGGAGGUGCAUUUGCUGGACAGCACAACACUCUAGUCCGGGAGGUAUUGCUAACAUCAGAGACGAGAGCGGGGGGUUUGCCUGACGGUGCUGCCGGACAUCGGGACUCGGUCUGG